GUCCACUUGUGGGCCUCAAACAACCAUCAGUCCACCGGGGCUGUUUGGCCUGUCAGCUGGCCUUUCUCUGGCUCUCCUGCGGUGUCUGUCUGGUCUCUGCGACAAUGAAGAUCCGGCUGGGCUGACUCUGAAGCUCAAGUACCAUCAGCCAAAAUGGACCUACCUAAUUAUCACCCACAGCAGCCACAGCCACUUGUACACCACCCUGGCAACUAUCCAGAGGAUCCUAUAACUUUGGAAGGACCGUCAACAUCGCAGGAAUUAAAGACAGAGCCAGACAGCAGAGCAGAUUCAGAGGAGAGCUGUCCCAUCUGUGGAGACAAAGUAUCAGGGUACCACUAUGGGCUGCUCACUUGUGAAAGCUGCAAGGGCUUUUUUAAACGCUCAGUGCAGAAUAACAAGCAUUACACCUGUGCAGAACAACAGAGCUGCCCCAUGAACCUUUCGCAAAGGAAACGUUGUCCUUUCUGCCGCUUCCAAAAAUGUUUGGCAGUGGGAAUGAAGAGAGAAGCGGUAAGAGCAGAUCGUAUGAGAGGUGGCAGGAAUAAAUUUGGCCCUCUGUACCGGCGGGACAGGCAGAUGAAACAGCAGAAGGUGUAUCACCAGGCAAACACUGCUCCCUACAGGAUUAAGAUGGAAACUACUCAAACACACCCGUCCACAGCUCCAAGUGACCCUCACCUUAUCAGCAGUCACACAAGUGCUCCAUUGUCUUCUGAUGCUUUUCAUCAGACCCACAUGUAUCCCCCUGGCAUAGGGCAGUCAGGUGCGCCCAUGCCUCUGGACUGCACCAUGAGCGCAGAAAGGGUGCUCACACCUCUACCGCUGCCCUACCCUGGAUUGUACCACCGCACCUUCCCUGGAUACUUCCAGGAGAAAGGAGAAAUGCCUUUUAGCUACAGCCCGGCUCCUUCAAACUAUACAGUGCACCCAACUCAGAACAAUUCAUUCACACCAAGAAGCACACCAGCAUCAUCCCCCUGCUCAACGCCAAGCUCAGUCACCCCGCAGCCACCCCAGGCUUCCACCCAAAACCCAGACACCUCUUCAUCAGCCCCUCUUACACCCAGCUUCCUAAGCCAUCUCCUGGAGGGGGAGCCAGAUGAGAGCCAGCUGUGUGCCAAGGUCCUCACCACUCUGCAGAGAGAACAGGCCAACCGAGGCAAACAUGACCGCCUUAAUACAUUCAGCAUCAUGUGCAAAAUGGCUGACCAGACUCUGUUUGGGCUUGUGGAGUGGGCUAGGAACAGUACACUCUUCAAGGAGCUCAAGGUGGAGGACCAGAUGGUGCUGCUGCAGAGCUGCUGGAGUGAGCUCCUUGUCCUGGAUCACCUCUGUAGACAGGUGGCCUAUGGCAAAGAAGGCUGCAUAUAUCUGGUCACAGGACAACAGAUUGAGGUGUCGACCAUCAUCUCCCAGGCAGGAGCGACACUGAGCAGCCUGGUAUCGAGGACCCAGGACUUGGUGUCCAAACUGAAGGGAUUCCAGCUGGACAGACAUGAGUUUGUCUGUCUCAAAUACUUGGUGCUAUUCAACCCUGAUGUGAAGUCACUGCAGAACCGCAGGCAGGUGGAGCAGACACAAGAGAGAGUGAACAGGGCCCUGAUGGAGCACACGCAACAGAGUCACCCAAGGCACUCAGACAAGUUUGGCCAACUGCUGCUCCGGCUUCCUGAAGUACGCAGCAUAAGCUUGCAGGUUGAGGAGUAUUUGUACCAGCGCCAUCUUCUGGGAGAUUUGCCCUGCAACUCUCUGCUCACUGAGAUGCUGCACACCAAGCACAACUGAGGAGAUGCUGCUGUAUAUUCAAGCCCCGGUGGCAAAGCUUGAGUUUACUGCUGUGAAUUUUUGUACCUACUUUUGGCCCUUCAGACACAACUCAUAUUGUUGUUGCAAGUAGUAAACUGGCAUCCUCUCUUAAAGAUCAGUACUGAAGGGUAAUUUUAUAACAUCUCAUACUUUGCUCAAGUGCCCAUUAUUAACAGUAUUACCACAGCCAAACAGCCCAGUAAAUAUUUGUUUCUGUCAGUAUUGUUGGACAGAUUUAAGAUCCAAGCACUACCAUUUUGUUUCUAAUAGGCAGAAAGUGCUCAGCUGCGUAAAAACAGGUGAAAAAUGCAUCAUUGAAUAAAUAAAAGUGGUUUCUGGAUGUGUC